GCCGGCGGCGUGCCGUUCGCAUCAUGCUUUUCGCAGGUUUAUACCGUGUUGUUCGUCGUGUCAGCUCGCUUUCGAACUAGUAAUUAAUUUGCGUAUGGGUUGCUAGUACAGUUUUGCUUCGUUAAUCACAUAUGCGAAGGCGUCACACGACACAGCAAAAGCACAAAUAAUGGCGAGCGCGCAAUUUGCGCGUUUUUCUCGACAAGCACUAGCAUGUCUCGGGGUAUCAAGGAAUGUCGCAUCAUUCACAGGAGACUCCACAAGACUAGCAUAUGUUGUUUUCAGUACGAGAUCCGUAUUUGUGGCCGUGUAGUCGCAGCGACGUCCCGCAGCUCGUCGUCGCUGCCAAUAAAGACGAGACUCGCAAGGAAGAAGCCUGCUCCAGAAGCUCCAGUGAGUUCACUGACGGCCGUGGCAUACAGCACAGCCGAAGAGUAUGAUCUGAAGUCCAUCUUGAACGCACUGAAAGAGCAAGGUCUGUACAAGGAAAAGGUCAUCUCUGAAGACUUGGACGAUGUUCUCUAUGCCUCGGCCAAGUAUCAAGUGAGCGAAGAGUCAAGGGAGCUUUUCAUCUUUAGGGAAGGAUCAGUUGUCUUUUGGAAUUUCCCAGAAAUAGAGAGGAAGGCUGUGCUGAAGUUUCUGAAGCCACACGAGGAACACUCCUACAGCCCAUCGCUUGUAAACCAGGAGGUUGAAGCUUUGGAAUUUACAUACCACGAAAACAAGACGAAGUUUCAUGAUGGCAGCAUCUACCUCAGCAGAGAUGGCGAGGGUGACCUGGAGAAGUACACAUUUUCAAGCGGGCUUGCUCUCUCCGUGAAACUGGCUAUCUGGGAGGCAUCACUGGAUAGUUAUGUAAUGAGUAUUGAAGACAUCAUUGAGGACAUGAAGCAAGGCAGGACGAUUAGGAUGACCAGGGAGCAAGUUUUUCGAAAGACUGGAGAGCUCUUCUCUCUCAGGCACCUGAUCAACCUGAGCUCUGACCUUCUGGACACUCCCGAUUUCUACUGGGACCGGCCGACUUUGGAGAGCCUCUACGUGAAAGUCAUCAAGUACAUGAACAUUAACAGGCGAACAAAGGUGAUGAAUGAGAAGUUGACGCAUUGUUGUGAGCUGAUGGAAUUGCUGAGCCACCACCUGGAGGACAAGCACCACGUCCGGCUAGAAGUCAUGAUCAUCGUGCUCAUUAUGGUCGAGGUGCUGUUUGAGUGCGUCCACUACGCUUCGAAAUUCAUGCCUCCGACAAGCACCAAGAGCGGGCAAAGUAAGGACGCCCUUUCUUUCCCUCAUGUAUAUGCGGACAUUGGUACCGAAUGUUCGAAGAGCGCGUGCGCUGCAUGCGGGCACUCCUAAUAAAAUUGUGUACGAGAACGUAGAA